AGUGGAAUCGUCAUAACUCGGGGUUAAGAUCUGAAAACCUUAAAAAGCGAGAAACAAGCUGAAACACAGCCGUAGGUUCGCCUGAUCUUGUUCUCUUGCAAAGCCGAGAACUCAGCAUGUCACCAGCUUUGUUGGACGAUAUCUUCCUCUUGAUUAAACUCGUCCUAUGGGCAAGCAUAAGACUGCUACGUGGAUUCAUAACUGGGAAAUUCAUUCCCACCUCGAUAUUCCGAUCCAUAUUUGUGAACGCAUGGGACGUCAGCUUAUUCUUGGUCAACCUCGUCUCGCCAGAUCUUAAGCCCAAUGAGGUGUACAAGCCAGGCAUGCCAGGAUACGGAGGUAUUUGGCCACAGUACAUCAAGCCCGAUCCUCAGAAAGAUUCUCGCAGCCCUUGCCCUGGGUUGAAUACUUUGGCUAAUCACGGUAUUUUGCCUCGGGAUGGCAGGAACCUCACGGCCAACAUGGUGGUUAAGGCUCUCUGUGACACCUGGAACGUCUCCAAGCCCAUGGCGACAAACGGUCUAGACACUGUAACUUUAAGCCUGCUCAAACGCGACACUUUCGACUUGAGUGAUCUCUUAUGCCACAAUAUGGUCGAGCAUGACGGAAGCUUGACUCGCGAAGAUGCCUACUUUGAGCCUUACCAAGGUGUUCCUUCUGCAUCCCUUAUCAGCAAGCUCCUCGCCUUGGCCACGGGACCCGCGUCGCCAGAGAAACCAGAAGGUUACCUCACCCCUUCCGACAUUUCACGCCACACAUCCCUCCGUUGGUCUGAGUCCCAGCGCCGAAAUCCACAAUUCUACCUCAAUGCAACGCACAAACUCUUCACGUGUCAAAAUGGGGCACUGCUUCAUGAUAUCUUUGGCGGUGACGUUAAAAGUUGCAGGGUCCUCUUGGAAGAAGAGCGAAUUCCCAAUGGCUUCGUUUCGUUCACGAGGAGACGGAUGGGAGCGACAUGGACUGAAACCUACCUGCGCGUAGCUGAGAUUGGUUUGGGUAUAUCUCAAAUCCCAUGAUCCUAGACCUUUUUUCCAUUUCCAUCUUGAAGUCUCGAUUUUCGUUUCAUUGCAGUCUCAAAUGAAGCUUGUUCAUUCUAUCUCACACAAAUUGCAAAAUAGUCAUUUGUGCGUCGAGAUUACUCUCCGUUGAUUCCGCUGACCGAAUAUUAGUGGCGCUUGUGACAUGAAUGAGGAUGACUGCUGAUAUGGUAUAUAUAUAUGCAUGUUGUAGAUCGAAUGAUGCAAAUCCCCGCGAACAUUAAUGCGCCAAAAUCGAGCACAAAAAAAAAAGCCAUGUGCUGUUUCGAGUUGAUGGGGCUAAGGGUACAUUCGCCUUUCAACCUUGAUCGAUUCCCCCCGACAUCGACGCACUAUACAACAUAAUAUAGUUAUUACUCACAUC